AUGCGAUUGCCAAAGCUCGCGGUAUCGCAGCGGAGAAAGGCAUUGCGUACGGUUCAAAUCACGGUAUUUACCCUUCGGCCUCCCACUCCACCCCAUAGUUUACUUGUCCUUAUUCCUGUCUAUUCAGAUCAAAGAGGCGCGGACCCUCGACGCGACUCCCGAUCGUAUCAUCGCUCGCGCUCGCCUUCGAGAACACCGCCACGCGCUACGCGCGAUGUUUUCAGAGACAACUACAAUCCUUACCGUGAUGAACGUCGCGGAGAUAGGCGUGGGAAUGAUCGCGCUUACGUGAGAGAGCGAUCCUUUUCUCCUCGUCCUGCGGGCCGGGCAACGGACGCGUAUCCCGCCCAGCCAAGCAGACCUCAUCGGGGCGCAAGUGAUAGGUCGCCUCCCAGUAGAAGGGGGGGUGGGAUGGAUGACAGUACCGAAACGAUAAACAUAGAUUCAAAGCUUGUCGGAUUGAUCAUUGGCCGACAAGGAGAUAAUCUUCGAAGAAUUGAGUCCGACACCGGAACGCGGAUACAGUUUUUGGAUAGCCCCGAAUCAAAUGUUAAUAUCAGACCUUGCAGGAUUUCCGGAACUAGAGCCGCGCGGAGCGAUGCGAAGGCGGAAAUAUUUCGUAUGAUCAGCGAGAAUAAUGCUGCGCGAGGUGCAAUGGCUUCUGCAGAUCGCUUUGCGUCUCGCGGCCCGCACGAACCACCUGGGAGGCAACCUGGAUAUGGAGAAGAUGAGAACUCCUCAACGCAGAUGAUGGUCCCCGAUCGGACUGUGGGUCUGAUCAUUGGCCGCGGCGGUGAGACGAUAAAGGAUCUUCAGGAUCGCAGUGGAUGCCACGUGAUUAUUGCGCCUGAAGAUAAAAGCCUUAAUGGUCUUCGGCCAGUCAAUUUGAACGGAGCCCCAAGGGCCAUUCAACGGGCGAAGGAUCUUAUAUUAGAAGUGGUGGAAACCGACUCACGACAGGGCGGUGCACCACCACAACGCGAGCCACGAGGAUAUGCGCCUGAAAGAGACACAGGAGGUCCAGCCCCUGAGCGAGGCGAUGACAGCAUUUUCAUCCCCAAAGAAUCUGUUGGAAUGAUCAUUGGAAAAGGCGGCGAUACCAUUAAAGAACUGCAGAAUAUUACUGGUUGCAAAGUCAAUAUACUACCGGCUGUUGGCCGGGAGGUUGACAGAGAAGUUGUAAUGAUAGGGUCCAAGCAAGCCAUUGAACAGAUGAAGAAGAGCAUCUUGGAGAAGGUCGAUACUUUUAAAUCACGAUCCCAAGCUAGACGCGAUGAUGGAUAUAGUGAGCGAUAUUCGCAGCCCCAACUCCGGAGUUACCCUCAGGAUCAGACCAAGUCAUCACAGCCCUCUCAAGCGUCGGCUCCGGCGGCGGGAGGCGAUAGCGCCGAUCCUUACGCAAUGUACGGCGGCUACGAGAAUUACGUUGCAAUGUGGUAUGCUGCAAUGGCUCAACAACAGCAGCAACAACAGCAGCCAUAUCAGCAGCAGUCUCCUUCCGAUCCCAAGCCGCCAGGAGUUCCCUAA